AUGUCUAAUUAUCUUUAUCCUUCCUCGACUGAGACCUCUUCAUACUCGACCGAACUUAACAGUCAUAAUACCAAUGACCAAAGUACUCCGUGGCAUCCACAUUCCUGGUCUGCCACCCCUGAUCCACCCUCAGCGCAAACUAUUCAGGAUCAACUCUACCACCAAGCUGAAGCUGAGCUCGAUCCUGAGUUAUCAGGUUCUCCACGAAAAUCCUCAAACCAUUUGUCACACUCCCGCUCGUAUCCUACACUCCUCCAACCUCAUCCAAUCUCCGAUGACGCUUCUCCAAAUCCACUUCUUUCUUCAUUGCGUUCAGGCUCAGUUGGUCUAGACAUUCCACAGCCCGCGGGGCACUUUACGUCCUAUUCUUUCGAACAUAAUCUUUUUCAACCUUCCCAUCAUUCUCACCAGCAAGGUUCAUCAUUGAUCCCAUCCUUGCCAUCUCAUCAAAAUCAACUUCACGGAUCUCCAAGCCGGCUGAGAACAUAUUCAGAUGCCUCGAUUCAGAGCUCUAUAGCUGGACAUCCUGACCACUUUCGUUCCCGCAGCGGUUCAGAUUCGUCGUCUUCAUGGCCGAAUCUUCACACACCCAUUACACCAGCCGACAUGGCCUUCCAGAACAACAAUUACUCUGUUGCAUUUAAAUCCGAUUAUGACAACUCGUCUCAAUUUGACCCCACUUCGCAUCAUCAUCAACAACAACGACAGCUCUCUCUUUCUAUCCAGGAAGCAGAAAACAGUCAAGGAAAUGGAACCAGUCCGCGUCAAGGCAUCUAUGAACUUCCCUCCAGUCAAACAGAUGCUCUUGAGCAGUACAAUAAUUCAAACUCAAUCUUUGGCCAUCUUGCAACCCCUACAAAUCCCCGUCAUCAGGUUCUGAACAGGCGGAUGUCGAACGACCCUUCUGUAGACGAUGGGCUAUCUUCUAACCGUCACGAGUCGCCCCUCAGCCUCGAUAUACCCUCUGCUCCACUUUCUGGGCAACGCUCCCGUUCGCCCAGUGCAUUAAGAGGUUCAAGCAACCAACACUUACAAGCACCUAUGUCUGCUGGGGCUUCUUACUCGCGCUCUACAUCCAUUGACUCUACCUACACCAGGGCACGUUCUUCUUCCCUUGCCCUUGGUCACUCUUCGGACGAAGGUGGGAUGUCACAGGCUUUUAAUACUGCCUGGUCUGCCUCGGCGCAGCAACUCCCUGCUCAGAUUGGUUCGCAGUUUGCUGGACUCCAUAUUGAAGGUGGAAAUUCCUAUGGUGUGCAGAGCCUCGAAGGCUUAGGUAUGGGGCCAGGUGAAAUAGCUUACAAUCAUCAACCAGGAGGUCAUCAUCAGUAUACAACCCACCAAACGCAGCUAAUGGCCUAUCCGGAGCAUUCUAUCUCCCGUGCCGAGCGUGAAGCUUUGUUGGCGUUUCUAUUGGGCGAACGCACUGUUUUGGUUCUGUCGGGUAAAGUUGCCCAAAAAUCUUAUGGUGCUGAAAAACGAUUCCUUUGUCCACCGCCGUCGGCAUUGCUAUUGGGAUGCAGUUGGUGGUCUGCUGCAGAGGCUGAUCCCAGAAGGCCCAUCGGAAAUCAUCGUGUCGCGCUCGUUCCACCUACGACCAUCAUAUCAAUGUCUGGUGAACAGUCGAUGCCGUCGGAGGCCUAUUCUGAAUGGAUGUCUAUGUCUGGCCAUGUGGUAGGCGAUCAAGCAUCCUUGGAUGAUGUGGUGAUUGCUGGUCGCUGUGUCGGGAAGCAGCUUCACAUCUCCGAAGUGGAUGAGAAGACUAAAAGGGUCGAAGCGCUCGUCAAAGUGAUCGGGCCCGGCUUUGGCUCCCCUGAACAUCGUCACAUUGGCACCUUUCCCAGUAGACCAAUUAAGGUGAUUAGUAAACCUAGCAAGAAAAGACAGAGUAUCAAAAAUCUUGAUCGGGCGAUGAAUAUUUCACUUACAACUUUUAUAAAACAACCCACAGUUUGCAUCCAUCACGGGACAACGAUCGCACUUUUCAAUCGACUCCGAUCACAGACUGUUUCAACCAAAUAUCUUUGUGUCUCGGGACCAUCCGCAAGUUUUCCCGCUGGUGACUGGAGAGCAAUGGCUGGCAUAGAUGAAAAGCCUUUCAGUCCAUCUGAAGAGAGUACUUGUUUCGUAGCUAGAACAUCCUGUUGGGAUCCUUUCAUAAUCUUUUUGGUCGACCUCAAAAAUUCUCCUCAUUCGGCUAGUGCAGAACAUCACGGUUCACCUCCACCACCCGGAUACCCAAGGCCUCCAGCCAAUGCACUCCCGGUGGCUCAAGGCGCAGGUCCGGUACCAAUAUACUAUAACCAACCCAUCGUCCUUCAAUGCCUCUCUACUGCUGUUGUUUCACCUGUCAUGGUCAUCCGUAAAGUCGACAAAGGCUCAACUGCGACCGGUGGUGCCAGCCUCGAUGGUCACGGCUCGGGAGCAGCCAUGUCACGUGACCUACCCGUCGCACCUGGCGAAAUCAUCGGAGACCCAGUCUCUCAGCUCCACAAGAUAGCUCUCGAGGUGAUGUCGGAUCCAGAGGGGGUCUAUGCGAACGCAAACCAAAGUGCGCCAGGCUCGCCAUUCCCUGGAGCAGGGUCUUUUUUAGCUUGUUUGGGCGAGAAUGUUGGAAUACACCGUCCUGAGGCCUCACGUAUCCCUGUCGCUCCUGCUUCAAUGAUCAGCCCUCCUUCAAGCGCUUCGUCGUUCGGAUUGACUAGUAGUGAAGUAGCACUUGCGGAAGCUACCUUCAUGUCAAACCAACUCACCCAGCCCAUAUCUCCUAACUCUGCAGCCCCCGGACGUGCUCGCAGUGUAGGUCCUGCAGGCAGGAUAGGCGAUACUAUGGAGUACAUAUCUUCUGAUGGUGGUAAAGUCAAAAGAACUCGACGCGUUUCAACCUCUCAAAGUUCCUCGAGUGGGAUGGGGCGUGUCAUAGGCCCUGGGAAAGCAGGCAGGCGAAGAGCAGGAUCAAAUGCGUCGACUGGGGGAUACUCUGAUCUUGGAACAGAGUCCUCAGAUGGCAUGCAUCAUAAUUAUCAUCCGCAUCACCACCAUUCGAUGCAACACGGAGCAUACUCUGCGCCUCAACACCCACCAAACGCUGCCAAGGUUUGGACGAUUGAAUGCGGAGAACCUGCGGUAUGGACGAUCGUGGGAUGUGACGUUGAGCGUCAUACCUUCUGGAUCCCGCCUGUCCUAUUUGACUCCAAGCCAUCUUCGGCAGCUAGCACGCAGGGAGCAGUAAGCGAAGUGUUCAGGACGCCUAUUCCAUACUGCCCAAUUGGAGUGGACUCACCUACACCGAUACCUGUCGUACAUAAGUACUUGUUGACAAACCCCAUAUCGAUGCCGAAAAAUAGGAUAGACGCACAAGACAUGAAAAUGAUUACCAUUUAUGGAGCAAAUUUCUCAAGGGAGCUCCGGGUUUGGUUUGGCGCUGUGCCAAGUGAGAUAGUGGAAUAUAAGUGCGCCGAGGUGAUUGUAGCCUUGCCUCCCAGUGGGGUACCUGGUGAGCUUGGACCAGACGGAGGACCUAAGAAGCAUCAAAUUGUGAUGGUCAGAGAAGAUGGAGUUGUUUUCCCAUCGAAGAUUUAUUAUGCGGAGCCAAUGUGAUUGAAUCGAUUGGCAGUACUUGGAUUUGAUGGCCUAGGACUCUUUUGUUGUAAUUGUAUGAUCGUGUUAUUUCUCUGGGAUAAAUGGGUCAAUUUUUGUUAAUUAUUCAACUGUAAUUAGUUUGUGGAAUAACGUUCAUUUUAUCUUAUUUGGUUUAAAUUUCUUCAGUUCACCCUUUCAAGUUUGUUUUCUUCUCAGAUGUUUUGCAGUUUGCAAGGGAAAGAAUAUACAUCUUGAGU